AUGAAAAAACGUAAUUGGCGUGUGACAAUUUUACAAGAGUUUUAUCCAAAUGAUCAAAGAUUGUUAGGUCUUAAUAUUGAUCGUGGUAAAAAAAUAUGUAUACGUCUACGUCCACAUUAUGAUCAAACAAGAUUUUUUGAUUUCAAUGAUUUAAUUGGGACAAUGCUUCAUGAAUUAUCACAUAUUGAAUGUGCUCCACAUGAUGCAAAAUUUUAUAAAUUAUUAGAUCUAUUACAUGAUGAAUAUGAUGAACUUUUAGUAAAAGGUCAUACCGGGGAUUGGUUCUUUGGUAAUCAUUAUCGUCUAGGCCAGAGUAAUAAUGUUCCAUUAGCAUCGGCAGGUCUUAAAUCAUUAGAAACAAUAGAGAAAAAACAACAAUUAGAAAGAAUAAUGCCAAAAGGCGGAAUAAGAUUAGGUGGAACUGCCCAUACCAAUUAUAAUUUGCCAAUAAGAGAAUUGACUGCUAUGGCGAUAGAACAAAGAUCACGUGCAGUUAGAAUACCUGCUGAUAAGUUACCAAAAGUCACCACAACUAAAACAAAUUCUGAAACAGAAAAAUGGUCUUGCCCACAAUGUACAUUCGUAAAUCGACCAUUGGUUUUACAAUGUGAAAUUUGUUUAGAAGAGCGACCUAAUUAUGGAGAAAAUAUUUUAGAAUCUGAUAGAUGUGAUUAUUUAAGAAAUUAA